AUGUCAUCUCUCCCUCCUGAAAUCAUUCAAGAGAUUUUUCGCAACCUAGAUGCAGGACAUAAUGGGUUAAGAACAUUAUUUUCAUGCCUUCUCGUGGACAGAUACUGGUGUUCGAAUAUAAUUGAAAUCCUUUGGUCCAAACCAUUUUAUUAUUCGAAUGCGUUCGCUGCGAAUCCAAAUUAUUUUAGGAUAAUUGACGUAUUUUUAGCAUGUUUGGACGAAGAAGAUAGAGAAGAUUUGAGAAAUAAUGGAGUUAGCUUGCCCGUUAUCUUUGACAAACCGUUAUUCUCUUAUGAUUCAUAUCAUAAGCAUCUCUAUUAUCGUACAUUUAUUUCAAGUAUUUAUCUAUGGGUUCAAGAGAAAAGAGCCCCUUAUGACGGUCAUGCAUUUGAAAUCGUAAUGAAAGCUUUAUUAAAAUUAUUUAGCAAAUGCAAGAAUGUAAAAAGAACAUUAUACAUUUUCGAAGGAACAAAAGGUUUGGUCACGCCAAUGUUUUACGUGCAACCGGAACACGAAUACCUGAUUUCAAACGAACAAUUUGGUGUGUUCAUGAAAGACAUGGGAAGAUUUAAUGAAAGUAGUUCCAUUGACAUAGCAAAAUUCAUAAAAGAGCAAGAGGCUUUGCAAUUAUUUCAAAGCAUAUAUCUUGCGCCAACAAAGACCAUUAUCAACGCUUUGGAAACGCAAGCUAAAUCUUUACGAUGCGUCGAUUUCAAUUGUGCAAAUUUCUUCUAUUGCACCCCAUUAGAUGGGCUAGCCGCAUGUACGAACCUUGAAGCUUUACGAUUUAUGAAAUGUUACAACCUCACCAAAGAGAUCGUCGCACCCCUUUUCAACGCAUUUUUUCCAAAACUAACCUACGUGACGGUCAUUAAAACUGACUGUGACGAGCUUCAGAGUUGGGCAGCGAGCUUUUGUUUCGAACGAGUAGAUUUUCAAGAUACGCGUAAUCACUUUGACCUUGGUCACAUUAGAGAGCUCAUGUUAAAUAACAAAACUUGUCAUGUCUGUGGAGAGCCUUGCAUUUAUCCUUUGACCACAACGUGUGGACACACAUUUUGCAAGGAAUGUAUUUUGCAUUGCUUGAGCAUGUAUGGCCGAUGUCCUUUGAGGCAAUGCAGGACGGAAAUACCAAAUACAAAGUACUUUUAUGAGCACCCAAGUGAACUGUCCGACCCAAUCAUUUCGGAGAAAAGAAGAUUGGAAGCCGACAGGAGAUUACUCCAGGAGAUGCCAAUUUAUGUUGGUCACUUGGCAUUUCCCAAAAUGUCAUAUACUUUCAAGGUCACGGAGCAAAAGUAUCGAGUGCUCAUUAGAUCAUGUUUGGAAUCUCGUUAUUGCAAGAAAUUUGGCAUGGUGUUUUCAAGGCGGUGUGAAUACGGAACGCUCCUGGAAAUCAAGCAGAUUGACUUUAACAACGAAGGCGAUUUGAUACUACAAGUAACCGCCACCAAUCGAUUUAAGAUACUCUCAAGCAGGAGGGCAAAGGAUAAUGAUUAUGAGGUCUCAGAGAUUCAAAUCAUAGAAGAUGGACCUGACGAGGAGGAAAGGUUAAUUAGUAGGAACCGUUCACCUUCUGCAGCUCACGAACCAACCACGUCGCAGCUAAUAAGCAUAGCGCGUGACUUCAUCAACGGCAACGAGUUUGUUUCAUUGGUUCUCCACCUCCGUGACCUGUCAUCAUCUCUGGAUAUUCCGGAAAAUGCGGCGGAUUUUUCAUUUCAUGUUGCGUCGCUUUUACCUAUAAGUGAAGAGGAAAAGUAUGAAAUUUUGGAAAAACGUUCUGUAAAGGAGCGUAUGCAGUUGAUUGUAAGGUGGAUUAAUGAUUUGAGAUCUCAGUGGGGUACGUUAAUCAUCAAACAUGUGCGAGACGCAAUGGAUUUCUACGCUUUGUACACUUGGGUUGUAACUUUCGUUAAACACGUUUGGUUUAGGUUUUUCGAACCGUGA